AACUACAGUACAUCCCGGUCAAGUUAGAGCGCUGUUGGAUGUGUUUACACUCAACAAGAUUUUGUUUUCCGAUAACUUACUGCACAUUAUUAUCCACGAUAUAUGCACUGGCUUCCUCAUACUUAUCAUUUUGUGGGGUUAACAAUUAACAUAUAAUAAGGCUAGGUGUCCACAGAAGGAAGUUUCGACUUUCAUAAAACUGGUUUCCCUUGUUAACUCUGUUAAACGUGAUGCAAUACUUUAUAUAUUAGUGAAUCAAAUAUUCCGUUUAAACGCAAUGUGGGAUUUAAGAAAAACUACAAAAUUGACCAAUUUCAUUAAAUGUCACAAACUCACAAUUUAUAGUCAGCAUUUUAUUGGAGACUCUGUUAAAAGUGUUAAACAAAAACGUUUAAUUCCUCAGUUUAUUGACGGCUAAAGUUUUAUUUGAAACUGAAUUUUCGACGACAAUUUGUAGCUAGCACUAGCAAGAGGCCAGCGGGAAACCAUUGAGGUCAUUUGCAGCUAGCAUCGGUCGACUCAACUGUCGUGUCUGCGUCGUAGGGUCAAACAUACCUAAUUCAACGAAUCUAUUCAAUUCAAUACAUCUAUUUUGAACCAGAAACUUGUACUGUGUCGAGAAUUCGUGGCACGUCGUGAAUUCCUGUUAUAUUCACCGCGUCGUUUCACACGAUUUGUCGGAAACGGCUAGUUAGCAUUAGGAGCUAACGUUAACCACGAACCUUUCCUGGGAAAAACAAAACAAAAAAAAAAAACUAAGAUGGCAGGAGGAAUUUGCGCCAAGAAGAGCAAGGAGGACACCGCUGAGUGGAGCGGAUUAUUUCCGAGCGACGUCAAGAACAAGGAGCAGUCCCUUGCCUUCGCCAAAAGGAUGCUGGCUGUGGCCGUGUCCUCCAUCACUUACCUCCGAGGCAUUUUCCCUGAAAAUGCCUACCGGCCCAAAUAUUUGGAAGAUCUGUGCAUCAAGAUUUUGCGAGAGGACUGCAGGACUACUGGAGCUAACAAAGUUGUCAAAUGGCUAUUUGGCUGUUUUGAUGCACUGGAGAAACAAUAUCUUGAGAUUGUGUUCAUCGGGGUAUACACCAAUCCAAAAGAACCUAAUCGCAUUAUAGAGUCCUACAGUUUCAAAUUCAAGUACACCGAGACAGGUCCAGGGAUGGACAUACUCGGGGACAACGGUGUUGAGGUGAAGGUCACAUUGGAAGACACCAAGAGAGCAUCUGUGCUGCUGAUCAGGAAGCUUUUCCUCCUCAUCGAGAACCUCGGCGUCCUUCCUCACAAUAUCCACCUGGCCAUGAAGCUUUACUACUAUGACGAAAUUACUCCAGCCGACUACGAGCCGCCGGGCUUCAAGGAGGGCACGUGCGACAGCCUGUGGUUUGAAGGCACGGCCAUGCACUUAACGGUGGGCGACGUCCAGACGACCUUCCACACCUUUCAAGUGCGAGUGUCCGCCGACCAAAGUCGCUUGGAGAAGCUUCAGGACGGAGACCGUCAGAAGGAGACCGAGCAGAUGAUCGCUUCAAAGACACAAACAGACACGGACGCACGCAAGGUCGUGUCUGCCGACGAUAACGAUCAACCCUCUGAAGACGAGUCGGCACAGUUCAAGAGCUCCGCGAAGUCCGUGCUCAAGAGAAAGGCAGCAACCAAAUAUGAGACAAGGAAGAAGAAAAGUCGACGUUAAAAAUACGAUCAACACUGAUCACAAGUUUCCUGUUGCGCAUUUUAUUUCUACAACCGUUGAUGGUAAAUCUUACUUGACAUUUCAGUUAGAGCUGUUCUUAUGUUUGUGUAUGAAGCACUUUUCACAUGGCAGAAUGUUAAUGUGCCAUUUCUAAUCAGUGCACAUGACCUGUACUGCAAAAUUGUAGUGAAUUUGCAUGCUUAUAAACAUUUUUUUCUGUCAGUGUUCAAUAAAUAAUUCCAGAUGAAAAUUA